AUGCCUAUAUCGAAAGUAGAGGUUGCAAAGAAGGAGUCGACCAAUGACACGGAGAAUCCGCUGGAAAUAAUUGAAGAAACAGUUCAGUCUAACGAUAAUGAAGAUAAGACAAGUCACAGUGAGCGAUCUGAGUCUCACAAUCCUCCAGCAGCUCCAGAAUCACUUACACGUCAUCCGUUGCAAUGCCGAUGGGCUCUUUGGUAUUUGAAAGCCGAUCGAAACAAAGAUUGGGAGGAUUGUUUAAAACAAGUAGCCGUUUUUGACACUGUUGAAGAUUUUUGGGCCUUGUACAAUCACAUUCAGGCGGCUUCGGGUCUUAAUUGGGGAAGUGAUUACUAUUUAUUUAAAGAGGGUAUUAAGCCGAUGUGGGAGGACGAAAAUAAUGUAAAAGGUGGUCGAUGGCUUGUUGUUGUCGACAAGCAGAAACGGGCACAACUGUUAGACCAUUAUUGGCUUGAACUACUGAUGGCAAUUAUUGGGGAGCAGUUUGAAGAACAUGGCGAACAUAUUUGCGGUGCAGUGGUAAAUGUUCGACAAAAGGGUGAUAAGGUUUCUUUAUGGACACGUGAUUCACUGAAAGAUGAUGUAAAUUUGCGUAUUGGACAAAUUUUAAAGGCAAAACUUGAAAUCCCUGACUCGGAACCAAUUCGCUAUGAAGUUCACAAGGACUCAUCGGUGCGUACAGGUUCUAUGGUGAAACCCCGUAUUGUCAUUCCCAUGAAAGAUACGAGGUAA